ACAAUCAGACCAAGCGCCAACUUGGGCGUCGGCAAGGCGAGCCGUGCGUGGCAGCAAAAGACCAACAAGAGAACUCGGCGACCAUCCCAUCCAUCGCCUCCUUCCAUCCUCCUUCCUCCUCGGGUGGGUGCUCGUCGCAGAACAGGAGAGGGGGGAAAUCGACCGAGGCGGGCUGCCGGAACAAGGAUCCAUCCAUCCAUGGGGUUCAUCUCCUUCGUCGGGAGGGUUCUCUUCGCCUCCAUCUUCCUCCUCUCCGCCUACCAAGAGUUCAGCGAGUUUGGAGCCGAUGGUGGAGCGGCAGCAAGCUCUUUGAAGCCAAAGUUCGAGCUCUUUGUCAAGCAAGUGUCCAAGAACAUAGGAAUGGCAGCGCCACAUAUCGAUAUUAAAACUGUUGUUGCAUCAACCAUGUUUCUUAAAGCAUUUGGUGGUCUGCUGUUCAUCAUCAGCAGCUCAUUUGGAGCGGUCCUACUGCUUGUCUACUUGGCAUUUAUAACCCCUGUUGUGUAUGACUUCUACAACUAUGAAAUGGAGUCGCAGCAAUUUGUCGUGCUUUUCACCAAGUUUUCACAGAACCUUGCACUUUUCGGUGCACUACUUUUCUUCUUGGGGAUGAAGAACUCUAUCCCAAGAAGGCACUCGAAGAGAAGAACCACAAAGGCCAAGACAAACUGAAGUCAGCAACUGUAGUAGGAGGGGGGAAGCUAUUAUGCUCGUCUGUUUACAUAUACUUAAAACAGUACCUGUCCCACUUUUGCCCAUAGAAUCUGUGAAUUGGGACUUGCAGAACUUAUAUGUAGGAAUUUAAGCACAUCUUGAUUGAUUCUAUUUUCGGUUCUGUGCUUUGUGUUUUAUGCCUCGUUUUGCUACAGAAACAGCUUGUCUCCAUGCGACAUCAAAAGAUACAGUCUUGACUGUUGAGUUCCUCAAUCACUAAACGCAGUUUUCUUUCA